CCAAACACCGAACAGCACCGAGCUCCGUCCGGAUCCUCCAGGAUGCAUGGGGGCAAGAGAGGGCUGGUGGCUCCGCAGAACACCUUCCUGGAAAACAUCGUCCGGCGCUCCAGCGAAACCAGCUUCCUUUUGGGAAACGCACAGAUCGUGCAGUGGCCGGUUGUUUACAGCAACGAUGGAUUCUGCAAGCUGUCUGGAUACCACAGAGCCGAGGUCAUGCACAGGAGCAGCACAUGCAAUUUCAUGUACGGUGAUCUGACGGAUAAGCAGACUAUAGACAGCAUCAGACAAACCUUUGACAGCUACGAGUCAAACUUCUACGAGGUGCUUCUCUAUACCAAAAAUAGAACACCGAUAUGGCUUUACAUGCAGGUCGCCCCAAUCAGAAACGAGAACGACAAGGUGGUGCUUUUCCUCUGCACCUUCAGGGACAUCACGCUUUUCAAACAGCCGAUCGAGGACGAAGCAACCAAAGGAUGGACAAAGUUUGCCAGACUGACUCGAGCUCUGACCAACAAUCGCAAUGUGGUGCAGCAGUUGGCUCCGCUGAACAAGACUGAGGUUAGCCACAAGCCGUCCAGGCUGGCCGAGGCUCUCCAGCUGGGAUCAGACAUCCUGCCUCAGUACAAACAGGAAGCACCUAAAACUCCUCCACACAUCAUCCUCCACUACUGCACCUUCAAGACCACAUGGGACUGGGUCAUCCUCAUCCUCACCUUCUACACGGCCAUCAUGGUGCCCUACAAUGUCUCCUUCAAGACCAAGCAGAACAACUUGGCCUGGCUGGUUGUGGACAGCGUGGUCGACGUCAUCUUUCUCAUAGACAUCGUGCUCAACUUCCACACCACCUUUGUGGGUCCAUCCGGAGAGGUGAUAUCAGAUGCCAAGCUGAUCAGGAUGAACUACAUGAAGACGUGGUUCGUCAUCGACCUGUUGUCCUGCCUGCCCUACGACAUCAUCAACGCCUUUGAACAUGUGGACGAGGACGUCCUCACUCACACCUCUUCAGCAAGUCAUCUUCGUGACUCUUCAAAUUUCCACAGAAACAGCACACGGAUCGAAGACUCUGUUCUCCCAGGUCUCAGCAGCCUCUUCAGCUCCCUGAAAGUGAUCCGUCUGCUUCGUCUGGGUCGAGUUGCCCGUAAGUUGGACCACUACCUGGAGUACGGAGCCGCCGUCCUGGUUCUGCUGGUUUGCGUCUUCGGCCUGGUGGCCCACUGGCUCGCCUGCAUCUGGUACAGCAUCGGGGACUAUGAGGUCAUCGAUGAGAACACCAACACCAUAAAGACUGACAGCUGGCUCUACCAGCUGGCCAUAAGCAUCGGCACUCCUUACCGCUACAAUGCCAGCGGUUCGGGCCAGUGGGAAGGAGGACCCAACAAGGACACUCUGUACAUUUCUUCUCUUUACUUCACCAUGACGAGUCUCACCACCAUCGGAUUUGGCAACAUUGCUCCAACGACAGAUGGAGAGAAGAUUUUCUCUGUGGCGAUGAUGAUGGUGGGCUCGCUUCUAUACGCAACCAUCUUUGGAAACGUCACCACCAUCUUCCAGCAGAUGUACACCAACACCAACCGCUACCACGAGAUGCUCAACAAUGUGCGCGACUUCCUCAAGCUUUAUCAGGUCCCCAAAGGUCUGAGCGAGAGGGUCAUGGACUUCAUCGUCUCCACCUGGGCCAUGUCGAAGGGCAUCGACACUGAUAGGGUUCUCUCCAUUUGUCCUAAAGACAUGCGAGCCGACAUCUGCGUCCACCUCAACAGGCAGGUGUUCAAUGACCACCCGGCGUUUCGUCUGGCCAGUGAUGGCUGCCUGCGCUCCCUGGCUGUGGAGUUUCAGACCACCCACUGUGCUCCCGGAGACCUCAUCUUUCACAUCGGAGAGAGUGUCGACACGCUCUGCUUCGUCGUCUCGGGUUCACUCGAGGUCAUCCAGGAUGAUGAGGUCAUCGCCAUACUAGGUAAAGGUGACGUGUUUGGAGACGUGUUCUGGAAAGAAACCACGCUGGCUCGAGCCUGCGCCAAUGUCCGAGCUCUGACUUACUGCGAUCUGCACGUCAUCAGGAGAGAAGCUCUGAUGAGGGUUCUGGAGUUUUACACAGCAUUCGCCAACUCGUUCUCCCGCAACCUCAUCCUCACCUGUAACCUACGGAAACGGGUAAUCUUCAGAAAGAUCGCCGAUGUGAAGCGGGAGCAGGAGCGCCAGAGGAGCGAGGUGACGCUCUCCAUUCCUGACGACCAUCCUGUUCGCAAGCUGUUCCAGAAGUUCAGGCAGCAGAGAGAAGCCCAGACACCGGGGGAGUCUCAAGCUUACUUCGAUCACAACUGUGUGCAGGUGGAACCACAGCACCACCAUCACCCCGAAUCAAACUCUUACACUCAGCCUGCAGCUUCUCAGCAGCAGUACAGUAACGGAGGAGGUGGAGGUGGAGGUGGAGGAAGCAACACGACUCCACCAGCUGAGAAGUCAGAGCAAAGCAGCAUACAAGAAGCAGUGGAGUCGAUAUCGAGGCCUUCUGUAGAGAGUCAGCCUCACCAGAAGGCCAACAGUCCUGCAAAGAGCAGCGGUGGAGGUUCAGACGGAGCUGCAGGUGGUGUUCCCAGAGUUGGCAGAGGUUGGGCAAAGUUCAGGAGCGCCACGUCUGCUGAGCCUCCACGUCCUGCUGUGGUGCAAGAAAAGCCGACACCGAAAGCAGAAGGCUGGCCGAAGGGAUCCCAGUCCUCAGAACUGUUUGCAGCCACCAACAAGAUCCAGGAGAUGGAGGAAGGUGGAGACUUGGGAGGCAAUGAGGGCGGGCAACGGGGAGGAGAGGAAACCAGCGCCAUGCACAAGACUGACUCCUGUGACAGCGGCAUCACCAAGAGCGACCUCCGCAUCGACCGGGCGGGAGAUUCAAGAAGCUCCUUUGAGCGAAGCCCGAUGGAGAAGAGCCCAUUGGAGAGGAAUCUGUUCGAGCACAGUCUGGGGGUUUACAGCGAGGUGUCCCUCAAACACUCCUUCGUGCAGCCGGUUUCUGAACAAGCGCUGCUUCAAACGACGCUGCAUGAAGCCAAGCUGGAGCUGAAAGGAGACAUUCAGAUACUGAGCAGUCGACUGUCGCUGCUCGAGUCACAAGUAAGCGAAAUCCUCCGGCUGCUGUCGGUAAAACGAAGACUGUCGCUGCCUCCGACUUCUUCACCAAAAGCCAGAGUGAAGAGUCCAGACACUGCCACAAGGCCUGAAACACCAAAAACAGACGAUGGGCCUUUUUGAAUUGAUCGAUUAAAUAAUGGAUCUAUUUAAGAACAGAAACUGAUUUAAAGAAGCAUCGUGCAUGUCCUGCUGCGCUAAACUCUUGACUGCAUGCAGAAGUUCUCUCAUGUCAAACUAGCACGACAAAACCCAGGAGUUUUCUAAUAGUUUUUGAUUGUGAGGCGCCCUGAUGGUCUUGUGUGUUCUACAUGUGAGAACGCCGAGAAGGAACAACUUAGAACAGUAAAAACAAUACAGACAGUAUUGCUGCCAGGAAGUUAGAUGAAGUCAAAGUAAGACUAUAACUCUAAAUGAUGAUGCUCUGAUGAAGGUGCUUGUUGAAACAUGUCAGCCUGAGGAAAACAUUCAGAUCAAGUUGUAUAUUUUCUAUUUUUUGUUAACCUGUCAUUCUCUUCCUUAACUUUGAUUUUUUUUUAAAAUUUUUUUUUUUUAUGUCAGUUAGCAGCUUUUACUUUGAACCUUUCUGUGUUGUUUUUGGUGCUAACCACCAAGGUUUACGGGUCAUACAAUUUACAGUUUACAUUUUCAUUUUGCAGACUGUUUGAUCCAAAGCGACAUACAUCUGAGAGUAGAUAUAAGGUCGGUAGAUGGGGCAGCUCUAAGGACUUUGCCCAAGAGUCCUCAUUGGACAACUGUACCCUGACUGGGAUUUGAACCAUUGAUUUUCCAUGCCAAAGUCGGGGGUGCUAGUCACCAUACUUAAAUAGGCUUUCAAAAUACUACACUCAUGAGAAUUUAUAUAAAAUUACUUAUGUCAAUUACAAGCAAUAUACUCUCAUAAACAAAGGUUUCUUUACUCUUGUAAAGGCCAUGUAUACCCUGACAGUCUUGAGUUCCCAAUUAAUCAUUGAAACAUGUAUCUUGUCACUAAAACAAUCAUGUAUUUUGGUUCUUCCAUAGAUUUAUUACAGUCUUUCUGGAUAUAUGACCAAAUCUGCUGGGUCAAAAAUAUACAUACACAUAGGCGUCAGUUUAGGGGGGGACGGUGGGGACGUGUCCCCCCCACUUUUUGUCAGGGGUCAUUUUGUCUCCAACACAUUCAAAUUCUUCACAUGUAAACCGUUGUAAACCCAGUUUAUUUUCAGCAGUAUAGAAAAUUCCGACGCUCCUGAACGCACCAUCCGCACUGGCCGAGAGUUGCACAGACAUGCAGCACACCUUCGUGAGGUCAAAAAAAAACGCGCAGAUGCUAAAUUUGCGCCCGUGCCAAGUGGAAGCUCCGACCAGAGGCAUGCAGGGGCAAAUUUCGGCCCGGGAGAAUUAGUAUUAUAGCGGCACACAGACCAUUUCACCUGCAUGUACUGAUAGCUCAGCAGGUUGUGCCUCUGCCUUUGGUGUGGUGAUUGUGAGUUCGAGCCCAGCUUGUAGCAUUUGCCGCCGUUCUUCGACAUUUUCUCAAAGUGCUGUGGUCUCCAUCCCCCCCACUUUUAAAAACAAACUGACGCCCUUGUACAUACAGCAAUGCUAAUAGUUAGUUAAAUGUCCUUUUGUCAUUUCACCUCAACCAGGCUCUUCUGGUAGCCAACCACAAGCUUCUGUUUCUAUCUUUGACCACUCUUCUUGACAGAACUUGUUUUUUCAUCACAGUCUAUGGGUCCUUGAUGGGGUUUAGGUCAGGACUUUAGAUAGACCAGUCUAAAACCAUAAUCCUAACCAGAUUUAGUCAUUUCUUUGCCAUGUUUGAUGUGUGCUUGGGGUCAUUGUCUUGUUGAAACUCAACUGUGUCCAAGACCCACCAUCUGGCUGAUGGUUCCAGGUUUUCCUGAACAAUGUGGAGGUAAUCCUCCCUCUUCAUUAUUCCAUUUAUUUUGUGUAAAGCACCAGUUCCACAAUAUAGUAUAGUAUAAUACUGCCUCCACCAUGCUUGACAGUUGGGUUAGUCAUCAUUCACUCUCCUCCAAACUGAUUUCUGGUCAUUGUCACCAAGUAGCUCAAUUUUUGUUUCCUCUCACUGAAGAACUUUCCUCCAGAAAGCCUUUUCUUCAUCUAUGUGAUCAACAGCGACCUUUAGUGGAACCUUAAUGUGCUGCUUCUGGAUUAAGGGCUUUUUUCUUACACAGUAGCCUCUCAGUUCACAGCAUAAAACACAUUUUACUGUGGACACACCAGUGUUCCAACAGCUUCUAAUUCAUUGCAUAUCUGCUUUUUGGUGAUUCUUUGAUUCUUGACCAUCGUGACCAAUUAUCUUUCAGCAGCAGGUGAUAGUUAGUGUUUUCUACCUGAUCAUGGCAGUGACACGACUGAAUCAUUCACUUCAUUGUUACAAACAGUUGAGGGGGUUAGAAACAGAGUGGUCUUACCCACAACAAAACUGAGUUUUAUGUCAUUUUUGUAAUAUUUUAUGGUCUAGAUUUUAGUGACAAAGUAGUCUAACCCACAACCCAAGUAUAGCGUCACAGUGGAAUGUUAGACCAUUCAUGAAAACACAAAAUUUUAAAUCAUUUGUCUCAAAAACUACAGAAAGUAGGUUAGACCACUCUGCUUCUAAACCCUUCAAUUGUUCGUCCAGUCAAUUUUAGGACAGUAGCUGCUUUGAAAUAGUUUCAAGGGACAUUCCUGUCUUGGUCACGUCAAUGAUUUGCUUUUUUCAGAGCUUUGCUGAGCUCCUCAGACAUUCCUACCGUAGUCUUUGUGGCCGAUGAGUGGAUCCACUCAAAUGCUGUAUUCAAUCACAUGACUGUUUUUGUGACAAAGUUACAGGAGUUGUCGGAAACUCAAGACUGUCAUGACUUACAUGACCUUUGCAAGAGUAUGUCAACUUUUCUUCGUGACUAUAGACAGCAUAUGUGCUAAAAUUGACCAUUUACAUCAAUUAAAGUACAAUGUUAGAAUUUGAUCAAUGGGUGACGGCAAUAACAUGGUGGAGAAGGUUCUGUUCAAACUAUGAAACACGAGGUACAUUUAUGGAAAGACACACACUCAAUAACAGAAGGCCCAGGUAGAAAGAAGACUGAGUAAUGGCACACAGCAGAUCUUUUUCUCUUUUUUUUUUAAACAGUGUUUACAUUUGCUUUCACCCACAAUUCCUGUUUUUUUUAUUACCAUCAGGUCAAAAAAGCUUGAACACCACAUAUGUAAUAUGUGCAUGCAAUAUAUGCAUCAUUUUCCUUUAAUAAAUAUUGAAAAUGGGUCCCAGAGAACCAAGCACCACAUAAGGGUUAAACAACUUUCACUUGCUGGUGUCUCUGAGAAAACUUAUAAUAUUGCACAGAUUUCCAAAUAUCAAACUUGUGACUCCCUUUAUCUUACAUAGACUUAUUAAUUGUCAGGUAUCUACACGUGCUUACAAUAGUAAAGCCUCACUGAGAGUUGUUUAGAUGAAAGACGAUCGACUCUUUGUUUUGUAGUUUAACUGUUGAGGAUAAUAUUUUCUCCUUUGAGUCGUUUUCUCUUUUAUGAACGGUUAAGAAACUAAACUUCCGAUGCACGAAAAUAGGAAUAGCAAUGCAGUUUAAUAUGACUUGUUAUCUUUUCUUCCUUAAAUGAUUUCUUUCCCUCGAACUAGGAUAUUUCAGCAGGUAAUUGCAACAAACUCAAUGCAUAUUCCUUCAUGUAAGUUUACCUCUUGCUCAGGUAUAUUUAUUUAAUAUUAAUAUUUAUUUCAGUAUGUGUAGAUAGUAGUAAUGCAUAUCAUGUUUUUAGAGCACAGUGUAUUUUAAAUGGUGGGUUUCUACACACCGCUAUGCAAAUCUAAAUGAAACGGCACUAAACUCUGUGAUGCAAACAGAAGAAUCUUCAUAUGUUUGGAUAAAAGUGUUAGUUUUCUGUGUGACUGCGACUCUUCUUAACUGUAAGGAUGUAAGCAUGUGACUGAGUAGCACAUCUAUUUUACGUUAGAUCUAAAAAUGACCUCGCAUGCGUCCGAGGGAACCUGUCAACUGUGAAAUGAAUAAUGAAAACUGAU